CAAAAGUCACAACUGGAGUGUGUGGCUGCUGCGGCAUGUGUCGACUUGUGAGCACGAAAACUGUACUUUUGUAAAAGUAAAUAACUUUAAAUAUUUAGUAUUUGUCCAACGCGCUGCACUUCUCACUUUUUAAAAUGGGAGUCGCGGGUCACAUCGAGUUAUGCUUCGAUUUUAACAGCUGUAGUGAAAAAAAUCGCAAAAUAACGGAAGCACGCGGCAAUGUGAAUGACGCACGUUUAUUUUGAUAUUUGAGGUGCAGCGAGCCUAUCGAUGAUGAACGGACAGGAAAAGCUCUGUCUUUGACCAUUACAUCUGCUACUCCAACCAGCAUCUCAGUGCAUCAGAGUGUAACAAAGAAAAGAGAAAAAGUAACGAAAGGCGUUGACGGACUGGGCGACCACUGAAGCUUGACGUGUACAGCCCGCCUCUUUCUCUUAUCUGCGCUCAACUGGUGAUUGCUGUGUCCUCCCAAUGCGAAUUUUCGGAAGCUUCAUGAUAAGAGACCUCGUGUUAAAAAAAACGACUUUGAAAACACAGGUGCCCGGAUUCCUAUAAGUCACGUACAUCUCAGAGGCCAGACAGCGGACCCCGGACGGACAGGUGUCGAAAAGCCGAAGAGUCGGUAAGCGAGUAGGCACAAAACUGUGUCACAUCAGAACUUCACCAGCUCCACCCAGAUGCCUGUGUUGUUGUAACUGAGACAAGCCUAAAGUUGAAGCACGUGAGGUAGUCGCAAAGCCACAUGUCAUCUGGGUGGCUAGUCGAUAUACAGCAGAGAGAAGUUCUCACUAGACUGAGCUUCAAAAAGGAGAGUCCCUGUCUGCUGUGACUAUCAAUGAGCUUUGCCUGAAAGUUGUACAUGAGAGAAAAAGCAAGCUGAAACCAAAUACUGAUCAGUCUCUUUCAUAUCUCCAAGUGAGUCACUUUUGCUCUUCGAAGAGUCAAGUACAAUGUUGUCCUGGAAAAGACGUACAGAAGAAGAAGUCGUUGCUUUAUCUGGACUGACACAGACAUUUUGUAAGGUUAUAACAGAUUUUACUCACGAAGAUCUCCGUAAGAUUACUGAGUACUACAAGCCCUACCUGGUGUAUGUUAUGGAAUAUGACAUCACUAGUAUCCUGCAGAACCUGGCUACCAAGCACAUCUUGACAAAUGAUGAAGCAAAGAGGAUCAAAGCCAUAGAACAAUCUGAAGGCAGAGUGGGUCUAGAGUCCUUUAUUAAUGAUGUGAUAAAGCAGGACCAACAGAUUUUGGUCAGUCUGUGGAAGGCUUUCGCUGAAGAACUUGUGAGAUUUCCAUCACCAAACCUGACAAGAAUAUUAAAGGAGGUGGCAGAAGAGGGAUUGAACCUACUGCAACAGUGUCAUUUCAACUUCCAGUCCCCUUCCCUUGAUAUUUAUGUUAAAGGUCUGCAGAAUAAUCACAGAGAAAAAUUGUUUGCAUCAUCAAAGCAGCCUUCCCCUGGAGAUCCACACAGCAAAGAUGUUGUCUUAGACACUUGGUACACAGAGCUGAUUGUCAUUAAUCAGUACAGAAAAAACCAUAUUGAGACUCAGCAUGAACUUCUGAAGACUGGAAAAGCUCAUACAGCCCUAAUGGAACAGCGAACAAAAGAGAAAUGUGAACGAAUCUGGACUGAGCAGCUUUUCAGAAAGACUCCGGGAAAUGAAACUUUCCCUCAGAUUGUGGUGGUCAGUGGGGUGGCUGGAAUUGGGAAGACCACCAUGGUCCAGAAGAUCAUUUAUGACUGGGCAAUUGAUGCUCAAUAUAAGAACUUUGCAUUUGUGUUCCUGUUCAAGUUCAGGGAGCUCAACAUUCUGGAGGAGACGGAACCUCAAAUGCCUCUGACUAGGCUGAUUGUGAGGUACUAUAAAUAUCUCAAUGAUGAGCGACAAACUCUGAAAACAAUCCUACAGAGCCCUGGGUCGUUGCUUUUUAUAUUUGAUGGACUAGAUGAGUAUAAACAUAAACUGGACUUCACAUCCAGCCGGCUCUGUUCAAACCCAGGGGACUACUUUCCCAUUCACAUCCUGGUCACCAGCCUGAUCAGGAGGACAUUGCUACAAGGCUGUACAGUCCUGAUCACAAGCAGACCAACUGCCUUAGAGUCCCUGAAUAUGGACAGAGUUGAUCGGUUUGCAGAGAUCCUGGGUUUUUUUACCAUGGAAAGAAUGAUGUAUUUUAAGAAGUUCUUUGGUGAUGCAGAUCUGGGCAUGGAGGCUUUUCAGUAUGUCGAGGAGAAUGCCAUUCUGUACACCAUGUGUUUCAACCCCUCUUACUGCUGGAUUAUCUGUUCAGUGUUGAAGAGCCACUUCAGCACACCCAAAGAAGAGCGUAAAGUAGCACCCAGAACUGUCACUGAGCUCUUUGUGUGGUUUCUUCACAACAUUCUCACCAAUCACAAACGAGAAGCUGAAAACAUACGGGAUAUUUUAGUGAAACUGGGAAAGAUGGCUUAUUAUGGAGUUGCUAACAAGUUUCUUGUGUUCUAUGACAAACAAGAGAUGUUCACCUUUGGUCUCCAACCAGUCCUCCCCUCUGCAUUUCUCUCUGGGUUCCUGAAAGAAAUCCUGCAGAGAGAGAGCACCCUCGAGCGCACAACUUACACGUUCUUCCACCUUACCCUGCAAGAGUUCAUUGCUGCCUGCUACUACUUCCUUGAUUCCUCAGUUUGUAUUGAGGAGCUAUUUAAGGAGCUUGACUCCUGUGAAGAUGGUCGUUUUGAGAUUCUUACUCAAUUCUUAGCAGGACUUGCCAGACCUUCUGUGACUGAAUUACUGAAGGAAAUCCUAGGGGACUUUGAAAAGAAGCAUGCAGUGAAGACCCUAGACUGGGUAAAGAAAAGAACUCAACUUGCUCUGCAAUCUGCAGAUAAAAAUGAAACUCUGCGAGUAUUUCAGUGGCUCUUUGAGACACAGAAUGAGAAAUUAAUACGAGAUUGCAUUGGUAAAGAGUCUAGGUUAGAGUUCAGAGAUAUGACGUUAUCUCCUUUGGAUUGUGCAGCUUUGGGCUCUGUCAUAAGUUACUGUGGAGAAUUAAAGGAGCUUCAGCUUUUUAAAUUAGACCUCACACCAGAAUGCAUCAGGAGACUGGCGACUGGACUCGGCAAUUGUAAAAGCGUCAAGAUGGAAGCAUGCAAUCUUAUAUAUGAAUGCUGUGAAUCUCUUUCCUUGGCUCUCUGUGCAGAUGACUCUCACUUAACAGAACUGGUUCUAAAACACAACAACUUGGGAGAUGCUGGAGUGGCUCUACUGUGUGAGGGGCUAAAAAGUCCAAACUGCAAGUUAGAGAAUCUGGACCUUGAGUCGUCUUGUGUGACAUCUCAAUGUUGCAAGUAUCUCUCUUCUGCUGUAUUUGCAAAACACUCUGUACUGACUGCACUGCAGCUAAGAGGCAAUAAUCUGGAGGAUGAAGGAAUGCGUCUUCUUUGUGAAGGGCUCAGAAACCCAAACUGCAAAUUGCAAAUACUUGAAGUAGAGUCAUGUGGUCUCACUACUAAAGGAUGUGAGUUUCUUUCCUUGACCUUAAGUUCAGAAUACUCACAACUACAAGAGCUGGACUUGGAAAGCAAUACACUGAAGGAUUCAGGUGCAAUUUGGUUAUGUGAAGGGAUCAGAAGUCCACACUGUAAAUUACACAGACUGAGAUUGGCAUUUUGUCAGCUCACACAUGAGUGUUGCAAAUCUUUUUCUUCAGCUCUUAGUGUAGAGCAUUCACUUCUGAUGGAAUUGGAGCUGGAAGGAAAUGAACUGGGGGAUGAGGGAGUGAAUCUUCUUUGUGAGGGGCUGAGAAAGCCAAACUGUAAAUUGGAGAAACUUUGGCUGGAUAAAUGUGGUCUCACAUCUGGAUGUUGUGGGGACCUCUCCUCAGCUCUCUGCACAGAACACUCACGUCUCACCGAGCUGCACCUCGGAGAUAAUAAACUGGCAAAUUCAGGAGUCCAGUUACUGUGUAAGGGGCUGAGAAGUCUAAACUGUAAAUUAGAAAGACUGAGGUGAG